UUAAAAAUCUAACAAUUGUAAAAUAUAUCAUUUUGACAUAUUUACCAAAAUAUAACUAAAUUAUAUAAUUCUAAUUUUUUUUUGGUUUGCUUGUUUUACAUCGCACACCUGAACUUCACCCAUACAAUUUCAAACUAUCAAAUGACUCCUUGACGUACCCAAUGCACACCGAGGUGCAAUUGUUAGUUUAAUAUUAACUAAGAUAUUGACAUUAUUGUGUCCAACAAUUACCGCCUGCUCAACGUAAGCAUCUAGUAGCAGGUAUUAUAGAUGACAGCAGCUUGCGGGAUAAUAGCAAGGCGUACACGAAAUCAAAUAAGAAAGCAAGGCGUACACGACACGUUGAAUGACGAAAGGCUAGAAGUCUAAAGCCAACAAGAUCUAAAUUUCAAUGCGAAACAUGCAGGAAACUAAACUCUCCUGUUGGACUUGGAAAUUUUCCUCCUCAUAGAAACUUCAUCGAAAUUCUCAGCUCUACAAAUGACAAAGCUUCUCAAGCAAGAAUCUGUCAGAUAGUGUUAUAUAAAACAAAAUACGGUGUAUGUAUGGAGACCUUGGUGUGAACAUGCCACAAUAUGUAUACGAUUCUCAGCAUGACUUGAUCUUUCCUUUUAGCGUGCUCUCCAAGUGGAGUCAUGAAGACGUCGUGUUGCUUUCCUUAUCACUUUCAUGAAUUGAAUAUGAAACAUUCUAGAUUUGCUGGCUUAGGCCAGCCAUGCGGAAGAAACAGUCAGGAGGCAUUAACGACUUUAAAAUAUAAAAAGGGAAACAGUGCAGAGGAGAAGCUAUCUUCUUGUAAUAGUUUUCAUUGAAGAAUCAGGCUAUGGAGAUGUUAAACUGCAAGUCUGUGGGCAUUAGAGUAGACGCCCUGUUGAAGGCUCUAAGCCCAGCCAUUCAAGAAAUUUGUUUGCAGGAUUUGCAAUUACCCACACAUCAACAAAACGCAAUCUUUCACGAGUUUUUCAAGACCCUGAUAAAAGGAGCCUCAUUGAUAAAAGAGUGUGAGAAUAUAAGCCCAUUUAACCUGCCUCUGAAUCAUAGGUAUGCAUCUCGAAUCUUGGAGCUCGAAAAGGAGAUCAAUGAUUUUAUGGGACUAAUGCCUGCCCACAUAUUACUGCAUAUGAGAAGGCUCAUGGGAGAUCUGGGAAGUGUUUACUAUCCACAAGACAUCCAGUAUUUACAUACACGUAGCAUGCUCAAGGAAUCAAUAUUUAGACAAGCUUCUGUGCUCACUAAUGAUCCGUGCCAGAACACCAUGAUGCUGCAACAAAUGGAAUCAGCAAAUUUAAUUGACUGCACAGAAAUGGUGAAGGAUUCCACGUACUCUUAUCAUAACAAUGUUCCUGGUAAAUCGCAGUUCUACGUGGGAAUGAACAAAUCUAUUACGGAAUUGAAGGGUAUUUUGUUCCAAAGAGAGGUGUCUGUCGUUGGACUACAGUGUAUUGGAGGCGGUGGCAAAACUACAUUGGCAUUUGCUCUCUCCAAUGAUUCUGAAAUUAAAGAUUACUUUAGGAAUAAGGUGCUUUUCAUCACUGUUUCACAAAGCCCAAACCUCAAAGGAAUAUUAGAGACCAUGUGGGAGAAACUUUUUGAAAAGAAGAAACCUGAGUUUCAGAAUGUUGAGGAUGGGCAAAGACAGCUGCAGCAACAACUUCUUAAACAAGAGAAACCAAUUCUAGUGAUACUGGAUGAUGUUUGGUCCAGAUCAAGUCUGGAUAAAUUACUAUUCGAAGGCAGAGGAUACAAGACCCUCAUAACAACAAGAGAGAUUUCUAUUAUCCCCAAAAAUCCCUGUACUAAACUGUAUCAAUUACCAUUGUUGAGCCAAGGAGAUGCUCUGUCCCUUUUCUGCUUCUGGGCUUUUGGACAGACAACAAUUCCAGCAACUGCAGAUGCAAAUCUAGUAAAGGAGGUGCAAGCAGAAUGUGGAGGCCUACCACUUGCUCUGAAGGUGAUUGGAAGCACUUUGCAUGGGGAACCUCAAGUGGCUUGGGAAAGGGCAAAGAGCAGGCUCUCCAAAGGAGAAUCUAUAUCAGAUUAUCACAGAGAAGGCUUACUUGAAUGCUUAGCGACUAGUAUUGAUUUGUUGGAUGAUAUAGUGAGAGAAUGUUUCCUAGACUUAGGAUCAUUUCCAGAGGACAAGAAAAUCUGUGCUGAUACACUAUUGGAUAUUUGGGUGAAUGUUAGAAAAUUAGAGUGGCAAGAUGCCUUUGUCAUCCUGUUGGAACUUGCAGGCAGAAACCUUUUGAAUUUAAUUAGCAAUCCAAGGAAUCAAGCAGCUAUCUCUUAUGGAAAUGCCUCGGAGCUGUACUUUUUUCAGCAUGAUGUGAUACGAGACUUAGCCUUGUACUUGGGAUUCAGAGACAGUGCAGUCCAUAGUAAAAGGUUAUUUAUGCCUAGGAAGGAGAGUAGUUUACCACAGAAAUGGAAAUUGCAUACUAAUAAAACAUUUGAUGCUCAAAUUGUCUCUAUUCACACAGGUCCUAUGAAUGAAACUCAGUGGGAUGAAAUGAUUUUUCCAGAGGCAGAGGUUAUGGUGAUAAUAUUUUCUUCAAGAGAAUACUUUCUUCCCCCAUUUUUGAAAUCCAUGAAAAAACUAAAAAUUCUCAUGGUAUUCAAUUAUGGUUCAAAAAGGGCCACAUUGAAAGGAAUAGAUGCCUUAUCUUCACUCACUCAGUUAAAAGUUCUUCGCUUGGAGAGGUUGAUUGCACCAUCGGUUGAAAUACAGAACAAAGCAAUACAAAACAUAGAGAAGCUCUCUUUAAGCUUAUGUGAAGGGUUUGAAAGUACCUGGACAUUGAACAAUAUCAAGCUGCAAGAUUUUAAUCUGGAUCACUGCAGUGAUCUGGAGGUAUUGCCUUCUGGAAUCUGCCAUAUGCAAUCCAUUGAGAUGCUGUCCGUUACAAAUUGUCAUCUUAUUCAGAAUCUACCCUCUGAUAUUGGGAGUAUGAGCUGUCUAAGAGUGUUAAGGCUAUCGGCAUUACCAGGCCUUAAAGAACUUCCUUCCUCAAUUGGAAAUCUCUUGUGGCUGGAAUAUCUGGACAUAUCAGUAUGUGAGGGUUUGAAAAAACUUCCAGAGGAAAUAGGAAAAUUGGGGAAAUUGAGUGAAUUUGACAUGAGGGAGUGUUCUCGUUUGAGGAGGCUACCUAGAACCGUUUGUGGGUUAGGUUCGUUGAAACGUGUCGUCUGUGAUGAGGAGAUUGGAAAGCAGUGGUUGCGGGCGAAGAGAUUUUCUAUCCCGGGACUUGAAGUAGAGAUUGUGGAAGCAGAGUUUAAUUUGGAUUGGCUUCAUGAUUCAGAUCUCUGCACAUUUCUAACACUUCAAAUGCAUUUCUUACCUAGCAAAUAA